UACUCUUUGCUUUAGACUGCGUCACUUGUUUGAACACUGUGUAAAAGGCCAGAAGUCCAUGCUAAAGUAUCGGCUUCCAUUCUGACAGAAUGUUUCAGAAGAUGAAACACUUACUUAUUUUACUGGGCUGUUUUUUCUUUUGGACUCAUUCUAAAGAAGUUUCCAUUCCAUUCCAUAUCAGUCAAGUUAUUCAUGUCAUUGAAGAAAUAGAAAACAAGCUGCUAGUGUCUAGUGCUGUCAAAAUUACAGAGCUGUUGAGGAAAAUUGGAAAGCAAGACAAUGCAUAUUAUCAACACCUUCUAGGUGAUGUAUUAGUUUCAGAUGCUGAACUGUCUUUCCUAACCAAAGAACAAACUGAGUUUCUGAAAUACGUUAUGCAGCAUGAAGUCAAAUCCACAAGUGAGUAUGGUGUUGUCCUCACCCGAGAUGGCACCAGUGUUGCUACAAGCCCACUCAUACUUGGACUGGCAGCUGGAUUGAAAAGACAAACAAAUAUGCCACUCAGUGUCAUCAAUCAAGAUCUUGCAGGCACUGUUGACAACAUACUUUCUGCAACACUAACAAAGGAUUUAGGUUUGUCUUAUCUUUUGUCACAUAUUAAUCAGAGCACUGCAGCUCUGGGGUCACAUGGCUGUUGGAAUAAUAUCUCAUAUCCUAAUGUGUUUACAUUGUUGGAGGUCUCACCCAGUUUUACUGAUGCAUUUGUCAAUGGAGGGUUUGAUGGAGUCAUACUUGGAAAUUAUCUCUCAGAAAACAAAGAUCACGCACUCAAAAUAAGUUCUGUAAUGAGAGAAUACUAUAAUGAAAAUGGUCAAACUGGUCAGGCUCAACUAAAAAGCAACUUCAGACAACAAAAUUUUGCCCACUUCAUCAGGAAUUAUGAUAUGAGGGAACAAGUUAAAAACUCACUUUAUUUGUACAAACAUCUCAGCCAGGAUCCAGUCUUUCAGCCAUCUGAUAAUAACAUCAUAGAUCUGAUUUCUGAAAAAGACAUGGAGGAGUUUCAAAGAGUUUAUCUAGAAUGCCCAGCAAUUAUUCCUCGCUGUAUGUGGGAAGCCAAGCCUUUCAUAGGAACACCAACACCUCUAAAGCUGCCAUUGGGAUUUGUUUACAUACAUCAUACCUAUGAGCCAAGCAAACCUUGCCGAACAUUCCCAGAGUGUGCAGCAGACAUGAGGAGCAUGCAGCGUUUUCACCAGGAGGACCGGGGUUGGCAAGAUAUUGGCUAUAACUUUGUUGUUGGAUCAGAUGGGUACUUGUAUGAAGGACGUGGAUGGUUAAUCCAGGGAGCACACACAAAAGGUAACAACGAAAAAGGAUAUGGGGUCAGCUUCAUUGGUGACUACACUUCUGCACUCCCAGAAUCAUUUGCUCUUGAACUGGUGAAGGAGAGCUUCCUAAAAUGUGCUGUGAAAGGAUUAAAUAUUGUCAGCAACUUUACAAUCCAUGGUCAUCGCCAGCUAGUGAAUACUUCUUGUCCUGGAGAGAAAUUGUACCAGCUCAUAAAAACAUGGCCUGGCUUCAAAGAAGUUCAUUGAAAGGAUUUUGCUCACCGCAAACAUUGCCUGUGACUGUUAUGGAAGAACCUUCCUCCCAAGGUCUCAGUUUAAGCAAGCUACUUUUUUAUUACUCUUUUACAUUGCCUUUUGCUGUUUGGUAACAAGUACUGCAACUAUAUUUUCCUGUAUAGUCCAUUUACUUAUGCACAUUGUUAAAUAACACCUGCUAUACACUUGUACUUUCUGCAACUGCCAAAGGCCCAAUUCAUGGCUGAAAAACUGAUUUGUUAACAGGUUUUCCUACUUACUUCCCUACUAAAUAAGUAAGUAAAUAAAUACUGAAAGCUUUGACACUAUGUUUUAAAUAUAUUUAUCAGCCUUAGUCAUGAGUGGUUGUCGCUGUUAAAAUAAAACUGGAAAUUGUGCUUUUUAAAUAAAGCUAUCUGCAAAUA